AGAUGAUAAGAUUCCGUUAUUCAGACUAAUGAAUAAGCAAGGAAGUAGUAGUACUUUAACUGCUCCCGAGGAGGUUGAAAGUACAAGAUUUAAAGUUGGAAAAAGUGAAAUGACUGGUAAAAGACCGACAAUGGAAGAUAGAAUGGUUGCAUAUGGUAGAUUUAGAAAUAAUCCAGAAUCUGAAUUAUAUUGUAUAUUUGAUGGGCACGGUGGAAGAGCAGCUUCAGAUUUCGCAGCAGAUAAUAUAUAUAGAAUUUUUUCAGAAAAUUUAGAUUCAAAUCUUACCCCAGAAGAAUCAUUUAUAAAAACAUAUCAAACCAUAAGCAGUCAAAUAGCACCAUGGCCAUUCAUUGGAACAACAGCAGCAUCAGUAUAUAUAAAUGAAAAUAAAGUUUAUGUUGCAAACGUUGGAGAUACUAGAGUUGUUUUAGGUAAAAUAGUGGAUAAUAAAAUCAUUACAGAAAGACUUACAUUUGAUCACAGACCAGUAGAAGAUAGCGAACGUGAAAGAAUUGUUAAAGCUGGCGGUACUGUAUUAAAUGGACGUGUUAAUGGUAUGUUGGCUGUCUCAAGAGCUUUAGGCGAUUCAUUUUUAAAUCCUUUUGUUAUUUCAGAACCCCACCUUCAAUCAUUUUCAAUUACAAAAGAUGAUAAAUUUUUAAUUUUGGCAUGCGAUGGCGUUUGGGAUUUAGUUUCUGAUGAAGAGGCCGUUCAAAUCAUUUCAGAAAAUCCAGAUCCAAAUAAAUCAAGUGAAAUUCUUAGAGAUUUAGCUUAUAGGAUGGGAAGUACCGAUAAUAUUAGUGUAAUGGUUGUAAAAUUAAAUGAAUAUUAAAAUAGAAAUAAAAUUAAAACAAUAUAUAAAUAAAAAAAAUUAAGAAAAAAAAAAAAAAAAGAAAAGAAAAAUAUUUUUAUUAAAAUUAUAAAUUAUAAAAUUAAUAAC